CGGAGAGGAGCGCACACCAACCGCAGCCAGAGCUGAUAACAACGCCUCGCUUCUUCUUCUGCUUCUGGCUGUGACUCUGUCGUUUUACAACUUCUUCUUUUGUCUCGGUUUUAAACUGUUUUUGCAAAGAGACACACAGAAACCCGUCCCGUGAACGCAGGAACGCAAACUCCGUCAAAAGAUAAUCGGAUCUGCAACUCUGUGACAUAGACUGUUGUUCUUGUGCGGGACUUUAAGAUACGCAGGAGGAGUCAAAAUCCCUUUAAAUAGUUUAGCGAGUUUUAUUUUGUAUUUCAUCUAAAGACAAUUACAUCCAUGUAUUACUUUCAGCUCGUGCGUAAUCAUUUGGAUAGCGUCUUAAAAAGUCUGCGGCUUCUUUUUUAAGAGAAAAAGUAAUUCUAAAAGUUUUUUUUCUUAUUUAUUUAGUUUUCCUCCACAUCUACUAGUCAAAGCCUCUACAUUUCGCAACUGUUUCUCAUGCGGAACCCAUAAUUGGAGACAUCACUGCGCCAUCGCUUUCACGCGCCGCCUCGACAAUGCAGCAUGAGCGGCUGCUCAAAGUUCUGGUCAUCGGCGACCUGGGAGUCGGAAAAACGUCCAUCAUCAGGCGCUACGUGCACCAGAUCUUCUCCCAGCACUACCGGGCCACCAUCGGGGUGGACUUCGCUCUCAAAGUGCUCAACUGGGAUCACACGACGGUGGUGAGGCUGCAGCUGUGGGACAUCGCCGGACAAGAACGUUAUGGAAAUAUGACACGCGUGUACUACAGAGAGGCAGUGGGGGCGCUGGUUGUCUUUGACAUGACCAGGCUCUCCACGUUUCAGGCGGUCCUAAAGUGGAAAGGAGACCUGGACUCAAAGGUUGCCCUGGCCAACGGGAGGUCGGUUCCAGCUGUCCUGCUGGCCAACAAGUGUGACCAGCGUCGUCACGGUUUGUGCCCCAAACUUCCCAAAAUGGAGAAGUUCUCCCAGGAGUACGGCUUUGUGGGCUGGUACGAAACCUCGGCCAAGGACAACACCAACAUCGACGCCGCCAUCACCUGUUUGGUGAAAAACAUCAUAUCUCUGGAGGAGAAGAGAGGUCCAAACGAGCCGGAGGGCAGCGUCCUCGUUCUGCCUCACUUCGACUACAACGUGAAGGAGAAGAGACUCGGUGGAUGUGGAGGAUGCUCCUCCUACAAGCCCAGACACGAACAUAUGGACUGAAGGAGCUUUGUCCUCCUCUCCUAUCCAAUGAAACCAGUAUUUGAAUCCACAACAGGAAGAACUUCUUCCUACUGUAUAUUUUAAGGAUCUUUCUAAAAAUGUAUUUCAAUAAAUGAUGAAGGUUUUGAACUUCACAUCAGAAAACUGAUAGUUUUGUCAAUACAAGAGCUUUUUGCGCUGAAAUUAUCAUUAUAUUUGUCAAUUGUUCUAAAAUAAGAAAAUUAAUCACAUUAAUGAAAAUGUUCCAAAAAGAUG